UAUUUUAUGAUUUGCAGGAAGUUGUCCAGAAGGGUUCCACGCAAAUCCCAGUAAUUGUGCAGGGUAUAUAUGGUGUACUCAGACGGCCAUUUUGUAUAAAUGUUGCCCGUAUGGAACUGCCUGGAAUGAUACAACUUCAUCUUGUGUGCACAAACCUCCUGAGUGUACAGAUGUCUGUGCUGCGCCUAUUUCUAACAUUACUACUACUACUACAACUGUCGCACCAACAACUACAGGAGAGAGUGGAGUUAUCUGUACUUAUGGACCCUAUAAGAAAGAGGUGAUAGAUAGCACAAGCUAUUAUUUGCUGUGGUACGGAGGGGUAAAGAUCUAUAUGUCAUGUGGAAACCAAGUUUUCGAUGUUUCAAUCUGUGAUUGUGCCAAGUCCAGUGACCUGUGUGAAGGUGAAUACGCCAUUGCCUGUUUUCCAUUUGACAGCCAUUACCAUGACUCCACGGGGAAUAUAUGGUGGACGAAAACUACAAACAUGCAACUCGUUUCUGUCGCAAAACACGGAAUGUCUGCCUAUUUCAAUGGCAACUCGUCCUUUAUGGAGAUCCCAUUCUUUCAAAAUUACCAGUUCCCAUUGACGUUUACAUGCAGUUUUUGGUACAUGUCUGUCAGUGGUAUGGAUAGCGACAGAAAGGGGCUAGUUAACAAUGGCGACUGUGAGCAUGAACCAAUGUUCACAGUGAGGCUCAGCAAUGGUGUAACUGGAACGCUCAGCGGAGGAGUUUACACAGUGAAUGAGCAUAACCUCACCAAUGCAUAUGCGAAUAUACCAGCCAUGUUGGAGGUGUGGCAUCAUGUUGUUAUGAUGUGGGAUGGGACAGUGGUCACAUUCUACCUUGAUGGAAGCCUUGUCAGCGCCACCAAUGUUAACAUCGGAAGUGGUUUAAUUAAGAGGUCUCCCGUGUCACUUAUCCUCGGCCGCAGCGUGUACUGCGACUACCAGUUUGAUGAUAACACAUUUCUACACGGAUACAUAGAUGAGCUUAAGAUGUUCCGGAAAACUUUGACUAUAACAGAGAUCCAGUAUCUCUACCACGAGUACGACUGAAUAGCUCAAAAAGCGGCAUGGCAGAUCUCGUCCUAUUCAUGGACUUUUAUGAAACAUAUUAUGAAAAACUGCCUUAUAGAACGGGGGAUAGGGCACUUUGAUUAAAUUUUAAUGUCACAGACAACAUGACAUGAUUUCAAAUAUAUCUCAUUUUGUAAUGAUUGGCUACUUGAAGGUGUAUGUGUAUUAAUUAAAGGCUUUAUAUUAAUAAUAUAUAACCAGCCAGAGACUUAUGGAAGUUUUAUGAACGUCAAGAGUGUUCACAAUAACUAUUGUGAGAAUGAAUUCAUGAAUGAACCUUUACGUCAGAAACUGUUUUACGAUGCGAAAACAAAGUAAACUUUAGUUACUAUUGUUAUGACUCAUAAAGUUAUUUUAUUCAGUUCAUUUACUACUUAAUAAAUAAUAUUGUUGUAUGGUUAA